UCAGAAAUGGAGGACAGAUCCACCGAGAGCCCGGACGAGGACACUGUGUUUCUCAAGAGCAACGUGAAGACGCCCACCAAUGGCGGUGUGAAGCAGACACUGGGCGUGAUGAAGUCGCUCAGGAGGAGCAUGAGACGCGCCGCGGAGAAGAACCCGCUUUUACCAGGCAAAGGGUCAAAGGUCACGCGUCCAGCAGACACAGCUGGAAAUGAGUCGGGGUCACAGCUGCCUUCAUCACCCAGUCCGAGCGCCGGCUCUCCGGUCGUCUCUCCUCUGAAGAACCUCGGCAGCUUCUUCCAGAGAAAAGAGGACGAUGAGAGCGAUGUUGCCUCCCAGAGAAGCCAACCUCUAAAGCGUUCGAAGACGGAUCCCAACAUGUCUGCGUCCAGGGAGAAUUUCGUGAGAAGGUCGUUUCGUCGAAGCAUGUUCACCACCAAGAAGGAAAAAGAGCGGAGAGGCCAACAGGAGCCGCUCAACACCGUCACCGAGGGCUCAACGGAGGAGAGGACGGAGGAGGUGGAGGAGGAGUUAGAGGAAAUGUACACACUGCAGGAAUUGCCCCACACACCACUGUCAGUGAUGCAGAUCAGUAAGCUGAUAGAGAUGGAGGUGCUGGAGGAGGCUCACCUGAACCUGCUCGCCCUGCGUCAGGAGCUCCAGCAGGAGUUGGAGCGCUGUGGAGAGGACUCGCCCAUAGAGCUGGUCAAGAAGGAGAAGGACCUCAACCUCCUCUAUGGAAACCUGAGGAACAAGGUCAACACUAUAGUGCGCGACGCCAACUCUCUUCCCUCCAGGAACAAGGCGCUGCUGGUCCCCGUGGCCCGCAUCAUCCAGGAGGAGGAGAGGAGAGCCGAGGAGGCGGGGGGGCUGACGGACAGUUGGAUGGAGGCCUGGAGGGAGGCGGUGGGUGAGGGCGUGCAGGUGAAGGUAGAGAGCGUUCACCUGGAGCAGAGGGAGCAGAACGCCUCCUCGCUGGCUGUUCACCUGGGCCUGCUGGGUAAGGCCAUCGUGGAGGACUUGGAGAACGUGAAGAGGGAGCUGCGGUGCUCGUACCCGCCCAGCUUCAGAGCCUUCAGCACCUACGUGGAGAGCUACCACAGGGUCGUGGGGCAGCACCUGACGAAGCUGGAGCAGCAGGCGACGGAGCUGAGGGACCUGUACGCUCUGCUCGACUGGAUCAUCAACACCUACGAGAGGUCAGUGACAGAUUCUCAUCAAUCAACUGACCGAAGCUGUUCUGAGAUGUUUACAGAACUGUUUUGUUCUCGCCUGUGUUCGCGGCUGCAGGUGGACAUGAGAUCUGCACUCGACAAAAUCAUUGAAAUAGAAAAUGAAGACAUUUGGAUCCAGAGCAAGACUCCAGAAAAGGAGGAGAACCUCCUCUUCUCUCCGUUUCACAUAGACAUCCGGACGAAAGUGGAGGGAUACGCUGUGAACUCUCGACAAAUCGACGCUCAGCUGGAACAGAAAGUCCUCACUUCCUGCCUCGAGGAACUGAAGCUUUUUCCUAGAAGGUUUGAGGCGGAGUUCCAGCGUCACUGCAGCGUUCUCAAACCACAGCCGCUCUGGACGCUCUAUCAGAUAACCUACAUCAACAGCUUCACUGCUUUACAGCAGCACAUGGAGGGAUACCUGAGCGCCUGUCCAGACGAGGUGGAACACUUCAGGAGAGAGGUGAAGUUGCUGAUUGUCAUGCUCCUGCAGGACCUGGAGGACCAGUUCAAAGAGGACGUGAAGCCGUUCCUGAGGCGGAUGAUGACGAGGAAGUGGCUCACCGACGACAACGACUUUAAUAAACUCUACAGUCGUGCAGAGCUGCUCUGCGAACACUGCAGUCUCAUAACGCCGCCACACGUCCAGGAGUUGGCGAGCCACUUGCACUACCACGUGGUGAGGGAAUACAUCGGCCAACUAAUGAAGAAUAACUACUCCUGCAAGAAUCGGAAGCACAACAUGGCAGCAGCCAAGAUCUGUCAGCAGUGGGAGAAACUGGUUGAUGUGUUUCAGGACAUGAAGUCGACUCGUGAGUGGCUGAACGCCGCAGGAUACGACCUGAGCGACAUCAUUGGAGAGAAAAACCAGAAGCAAAUAAAGGAUCAUCUUGAACCUGUGGUGGAGCACUACCCUGACUUCAGCAGGAAUCACCUGGUCGCUGUUCUGAACUUCAGAGGUCUGACGAGAGGCCGAGAGCACCAGCUCAUCCUGCAGAGAUUCGCCGCGCUGAAGAAGAAACUGGGCAACGCCGGCGGCGACAGAAACCAAGUGUUGUUUAGCGACAUGCAGGUCAACGUCAACACAGACUGCCUGUCCAAUCUGCUGCACUCCUGCCUCAGCUUCCUGCGGCCUCACAGCUAAUUCAACACAGACAAUGAACUGAUGGAGGAAGUGAAGAAGCUCAAGUAGUGGAUUUAUUAAAGACUAGUUGGACACAAUCACUGUUCUUCUCAGGUGGUUUCACUGUUUUUGGUAAAAUUAGAAUUUGCACUGUCAAACACAGCCCUGUUAACUCAACUGAACGUCGUUACACAGAAUGAGUGAAACCUUAUUAUUAUUAUUGUUGUUGUUUUAUUAUCACUUCACCAGGGAGGAUGUGUUUUCACUCCUGACAUGGAGCAAGAAAGAACUCAUUACAUUUCGCUGUGGAUCAGGACAAAGAAGCAGAUCCAUGAAUUAUUUUCACUUUCUUUAACGUAGUGAGAUACUGUGGUUUGUCCUUUUCACAUAUUUACCAGGGAACAAUACAGGAUGUACUUGAUUUWAAAAAUCUGUCAUAUUUAGAGGAUGGAAAUUUAUGAGUGUGUAAUUUUGUGCAGAAUAARAUGAUAGAAUAUUCUUGUAUCAGAGACUCACGUCAUUUAUAAUCACUGUCACACUGGGUCACAAAUACCCACAUGCAGAUCAAUAUGCCACUGAAA